GGCGGCCGCGGGACACGGAGCCAUGGCAGGGUUGCUGCGGACGCAGGCCGGGAAACCAAAAUGCUGCUCACUUCGUACUGUGAUCUUCCUCCUGAUAAUACUCGUCUGGGUCCUCUUGGGGGCCGGUUUCCUGAACCUGAGGAACUCGAAGCUGGGGAGGCAGGUAGGGGCCAGCGAGGUGGGUGGAGAGCUGGAUGGCCCGCAAGCAGUGACACUGUCCAGGAUGGUUUACCCCCAGCCCAAGGUGCUAACACCCUCUAGGAAAGAUGUCCUUGUCCUCACCCCUUGGCUGGCCCCCAUCGUCUGGGAAGGGACCUUCAACAUUGACAUCCUGAAUGAGCAGUUCCGGCUCUGGAACACCACCAUCAGACUAACGGUGUUUGCGAUCAAAAAAUACGUGGCCUUCCUGGAGCUGUUCCUGCAGACGGCGGAGAAGCACUUCAUGGUGGGACACAGGGUCACCUGCUACGUGUUCACCGACCGGCCGGGGGAUGUGCCCCGCGUGCCCCUCGGGGAAGGGAGGCAGGUGGGGGUCCUGGAGGUCCGGAGCUACUCGCGCCGGCAGGACGUGUCCGUGCACCGCGUGGAGAUGAUCCGCAACUUCUCCCGGCGGCGCUUCCUCCACGAGGUGGACUCUCCGGUGUGCGCGGACGUGGACGUGAGGUUCCGCGACCACGUGGGCGUGGAGAUCCUGUCCCCGCUCUUCGGCACCCUGCACCCCGGCUUCUACGGGGCGGCCCGCGAGGCCUUCACCUACGAGCGCCGGCCGCAGUCCCAGGCGCACGUCCCCAGGGACGAGGUCGACUUUUACUACGCGGGAGGCUUUUUCGGGGGGUCGGUGGCCGAGGCUCUGCGGCUCACGUCGGCCUGUCACCAGGCCACGGUGGUCGACCGGGCCCACGGCAUCGAGGCGGUGUGGCACGACGAGAGCCACCUGAACAGGUACCUGCUGGACCACAAGCCCACCAAGGUGCUGUCCCCCGAGUACCUGUGGGACGAACAACUGCUGGGCUGGCCCGCUGUCAUGAAGAAGCUGAGGUAUGUGACCGUGCCCAAGAGUCACCGGGGCAUCCGGGACUGAUGACGGGCUGGCCUAGUGUCCGUCAGGGGUGCCACCCUGACCCCAGCCGUCAGAGCGGAUGGCCUGUCGCCGCUCCCUUUCUCUGUCCGGUCGCGGGACAUGGCCGAGGCCCGGCGCCGCCCGCAUCGGGCACGGGCACAGUUAGGCUUGACCGGGGGCCUGCCGGGGGGCGCGGCUCCAGCAAGACCCCUUGCUCUUCGGGUUCCUGGUCAGAGUUGAAAUGUCGCUUGCAGCCGCGGGCAGGACGUGAAGGUGAGGCCGGAUCAGGACCCCCUUGGCUGGCGCCUGGC